AUGGGUGUCUGGAUUUCGCGGCGCAAUUUUAACUACAACAUGUUUAAGAGAUACAAUGCUCUCAGACUAAUCAGAGCAGCCUUGGAGAUAUCAGCCGGAACCGCCAUUUUAUCCCGUAUUCCGGAAUUUUGGAGGGACCAACCCAGAUUAUGGUUUAAGCAACUAGAAGCCAUAGUAGCACCACAGAAGCAAGGAGACGAUUACAAGUACUAUACGGUCAUUGCAAAACUGCCAAAAGAAGAAAUAAUACAGGUUAGUGACCUCAUUACUUGCCCACCGCCAAUAGAAAAGUACAAGGCUAUCAAAGAACGCCUAAUCAGUUGCUAUGAGGAAUCAGACCAACGUCAGCUCCAAAAAUUAUUGUCUGAAAUGGAUCUCGGCGACCAGAAACCAUCACAUCUUCUGCGCAAGAUGCGGACCCUGAGUAACGGAAAUAUCAGCGACGAAACCAUCAAACUUCUAUGGUUGAGGCUUCUGCCACCAUCAGUGACUUCGGUUCUAGCAGUCACAGAAGACAUAGAUGUGAACAAGAUGAGCCAGAUCGCGGACAAGAUAUUAAUAAAUUCAACACGUACAGAGGUGUCAGCUGUAAACGGAAACAAAUCUGGCGACGAUACAAUGUCAUGCAUACUAGCACAGUUAGCAGAAAUGCAAUUGGAACUAAAUGCAAUUCAGCAAGAUGAAAAGCUCUCUGCUGAAGAUAUAGCGAGGCACCCUGCAUGGCUGAAGUUGGACGCUAUGGACUGCGGGGACAGUGCAGCCGACCGUAUUAUUGGUGGAUUCAAUGCUGGACUGGGCGCCUUUCCCUGGAUAGCACGGCUUGGAUACAUUGAGGACGAUGAAGUAGACUAUAUGUGUGGAGGAGCCCUCGUCUCCGACCGCCACGUGGUCACCGCUGCCCAUUGCGUCCAGAAAUCAGACUAUGGACCUGUCUUAACCGCAGUCCGUUUGGGCGAGCAUGACACACGGACGAACCCAGACUGUGAACUGAAAGUAUGUGCACCUGCAGUACAGGACCGAGGUAUAAAGAGGAUCAUCAGCCACCCUCUGUUCAACAAGCCAGCCUUCCAUAACGACGUCGCCAUCAUCGAGCUGGAUACACCAGUUACACUAAAUAAUUACGUGGCCCCCAUCUGCUUGCCACGUACAGCUGAACAGCUGGCGAACUUUAAAAUAGGAGAUGAGAUGACAGUCGCCGGUUGGGGCAAAAUGAACAUGACCACCGAGGAACGAGCUAAUGUGUUACAAUUUGUUAAUAUACCAGUAGUGUCCCCUGCGAUGUGUGAUUCGUUCGGUAAGGCAUUCAAAUUGUUCGAAUCUGAAAUCUGCGCGGGCGCAGAACACAAUAAGGACGCUUGUGGUGGUGAUUCGGGAGGUCCACUUAUGAAGAUAUACCGGGUAAGUUCGGGUACCUUUGACCCUGCGGGGUUACUUUGA